AACAAUGCAAUGCUGUCAUCUUAUUGUCUGAUAAGCAGCAGUAAGUGUAUUAUUUUGAAAAGCGCUCUGUCGUCGUUAUCAUCAACACCAACAUGAUGAGCGGAACAAAAAAGCGCAUCAAAAUAGUAGCAGCCUUUGCGAUGCUUAUGGUGGCGCUGCUUUAUUUGUACAAAACGCUUGUAACAGUAAAUGAACCGGCGGUAAUUCCAAGCCGGUUCGGCAGCAGUGUCGUGCGAAUUGAGGAACAGAGGCCAUGGCCACCCACCGAAAACGUAGAUCAGCGUAAUCUCCGGAUCAACUUUGAAAUGCAGAACUCGCUGUUACAGGCACAACGACUAGAACUGCAGACACAACAACUGGAGUUGCAACGUACCAAGGAUCAGCUAGCAAAGCUGGAGGAGCAAGUACGGUCGCUUCAGGCGAGUACGCCACGCAAGUAUCUAAAAGUUAAGUAUCUUAACUACAAGAAUCGCAAACGCAUCCUGAUAACGGGUGGUGCAGGAUUUGUUGGAUCUCAUUUGGUUGAUGAUCUAAUGAUUCAAGGACACGAGGUUAUUGUGGUCGAUAACUUCUUUACGGGUCGCAAACGUAAUGUGGAACACUGGCUGGGUCACGAGAAUUUCGAGCUCAUUCACCACGAUAUUGUGAAUCCACUUUUCAUUGAGGUCGACGAGAUCUAUCACUUGGCUUCACCCGCCUCGCCUCCACACUACAUGUAUAACCCGGUAAAGACGAUUAAGACCAAUACAAUGGGUACCAUUAAUGUGUUGGGUCUGGCCAAACGGGUUAUGGCUAAAGUUUUGAUUGCCAGCACCUCCGAGGUUUAUGGUGAUCCCACAGUACAUCCACAGCCGGAAACAUACUGGGGGCAUGUAAAUCCUAUUGGACCGCGAGCUUGCUACGAUGAGGGAAAACGAGUCUCAGAAACACUCAGUUACGCAUACGCUAAACAGGAGAAAGUGCAGGUGCGUGUGGCUCGUAUAUUCAAUACAUAUGGUCCACGGAUGCACAUGAACGAUGGUCGUGUUGUGUCGAACUUCAUACUACAAGCGCUACGGAAUGAAACCAUUACAGUUUAUGGCAAUGGCCAGCAGACGCGAUCGUUUCAAUAUGUUUCGGAUCUGGUCGAUGGGCUUAUUUCACUCAUGGCAUCUAAUUAUUCACAGCCGGUAAAUCUAGGCAAUCCCCAAGAGCAGACAAUUGAGGAAUUCGCAAAGAUCAUUAAACGCCUUGUGGGGGGACACAGUAAACUUCAGCAGACUAAGGCUAUGGAGGAUGAUCCGCAGCGACGAAAACCGGAUAUAACACGCGCCAAGAACUGGCUCAAUUGGGAGCCCAAAGUGCCGCUAGAGACAGGUUUGCAGCAAACCAUCGCUUAUUUUCGGAAUGAGCUGAUGCGCAGUGAUCGUUAUCAGGAGAGCUCUAACAAGUACUUUGAAUCGCCCGAUUUGCAACGCAGCCUGGGCCGUCAACUUUUGGAUACGACAGGUGGUGCGUAACCAUCACCAAUCCUACCCAAUAUCUAACUUAUGUUUAUUCGUGUGUGCCUGUUAGCCAAUUCUGGAAUUGGAAACUUCUCUAGUCUGCAAUGUAAAUAUAACCAUCGAUAAUGCUAUUCGUAAGCCUCCAAAGCACAGAAACAAAUUGUGUAAACCAAACUCUCGGGUAGUGAUAGGCUUCGAAGCCUGCAUAUACAUGUAUCCAGCAACAUACAUACAUAUGUGCAACUUUAUAUCUGUAGGCAGUAAGUAAUGAGAGAGAUGUUUUAUGUUUAGGUCAAAACCUUGUGCUAGUGUUUGCCUUUUUAAACUACAUGUAGUGAUAGUCGAAUGGUGUGGUAGUUAAAAUAAAUCAGUGUUCAGACACUCAAUGCGAAUUA